UGUGAAUAUGCACUACGUACACGUCAUUCGCAACAGGUAUCUGGCACAGUUGGGGUUGAGUUGGCUGUGGUUGCGACCACGCUCUCUUUACUUCUCUUGGUAGACCACACGUUGCGCCGAGUGCACAGGUCUUGUACCUGAUUGCAUGAUCACCUUACCAAACCACGAUGGCUGCUUGCUUGCACGCAGUGGUAGUAGUACUGUUCCAUGCCACAAGCUCAUAUUAGCAGAUAGCCUAGCCAACUCAGCGUAUGGCUCCACCAAGGACGUGUCUGCCUACAAACAUAUAGGGGUGCCCAGAGAUGCACUAUUUGUGCACGGCAAAGGCACGUCACAUGUAAACUAUCUACCUACAGGCUUCACAGAGGAGCACCUGGAAUACGUCAUGGGUAGGCGGGCGGCCUCUCACAGUGCUGGGGCGGCUGCG